AUGUUUAAAUUGCCUAUUCUAACACGCCACGAAGUGUCUUCCCCUGAAGCCGAAGCCAUCACUUCAGUUCUCCACGCGUACGGGGCAGCUCUCAAGAGCCGCAACGUCGAGGAUGUCGUCAAUCUCUACACGUCCAACGGCGUCAUCAUGCCGCCUCACUUCACAGCUGCCGUAGGCACGGCGUCACUUCGCGAAUCCUACACGCGCAUCUUCUCAUCGGUUCAGCUCGUCAUAACGUUUUCAAUAGAAGAGAUUGUCGUCAUGUCUCCGGACUGGGCGUUCGCGAGGACAACGGCCGAGGGAACUAAGACGAUGUUGGCGACGCAGGCUUCGGAGGAGCACGCGAACCAGGAGCUUUUCAUCAUGAAGAAGGAAGAUGGGGAGUGGAAGAUUGCGAGAUAUGCCUUUUCGACGAUGAAGCCUCUUGUUCAAGAUGGUGUUAGGAGAAGUUGA